AUGUCGUCGUCCUUCCGCCGCCGUGCGCUGGUAGUGCUGGCGGCAGUUCUCAUCCUCGGGCUGCUAUUGCUCCUCCUCGUGCCGGCCAUUGCUCACGCAGACAGCAUCGCCGCCGCCGCCGCCGGCGGUAGACUUGCUGCCGGGCGCCACCGCAAGCUACUCGAGCCUUCUCCCGGGCCUUCUCCCGAGCCUUCCCCGGCGCCCUCUCCCGCACCUUCUCCCGCGCCUUCUCCCGAGCCUUCUCAGAGUGGUGAAAGCGCCGUCGCCGAGGUCGACGUGGCGAGCUACGGAGCCGUCGGCGACGGCCAACACGACGACACGCCGGCGUUCCGGGAAGCAUGGGCCGCGGUUUGCUCCUCGCCUCAGCCGGCCACCCUCGUGGUCCCCAGGGAGAAGACAUACCUCGUGAAGCAGACCACCUUCUCGGGCAAGUGCAGGUCCCCGGUCACCUUCAGGCUGGACGGCAAGCUGGUGGCGCCCGCCAGCCGGUCGGCAUGGCCCGAGGAGAACAUGAGGUGGUGGAUCAUGUUCCGCAACGUCGACGGGCUCACCGUGACCGGCGACGGGACCAUCGACGGCAACGGCGAGGCGUGGUGGAAGACCUCUUGCCGGGUGGACAAGAAGCUCAAGUGCAGCAACGCCCCGAUGGCGCUGCUGCUCAGCAGGUGUAACAACCUCACGGUGGAGAACAUCCGGCUCCUCAACAGCCAGCAGAUCCACAUGUCGGUCGAGGACUGCCAGGACGUGCUCCUCAAGGGCAUCACCAUCACCGCCCCCGGCGACAGCCCCAUGAACGACGGGAUCCACAUUGCUCGCACCAAGGACAUCCAGGUCCUGGAUUGCGACAUUAAAACAGGGGACGACUGCAUGUCCAUCGAGACCGGAACCGAAAACCUCUACGCUUCGAGGAUAACCUGUGGCCCGGGACACGGGAUCAGCAUCGGGAGCUUAGGCGACGACAACUCGGAGGCCCGAGUCUCCAACAUAACAAUCUACAAGGCGCACCUCUCCGGCACGACCAACGGCGCGCGCAUGAAGUCGUGGCAGGGAGGAAAAGGGUACGCCAAGGACGUCACCUUCGAGGACAUAACCAUGGAGGAGGUCCAUAACCCCAUAAUCAUCGACCAGAACUACUGCACAUCGGCGGAUCCCGCCAACCCUAAGCCGUGCAAGAAACAAACUUCGGCGGUGGAGUUCAGCAACAUUCGGUUCAAGAACAUACGGGGCACCAGCGCGACGAAAGAAGCUAUCAAGCUGGACUGCAGCGACACCGUCCCAUGCCGCGAUAUAUUGUUGCAAGACGUGAAGCUUACAUUUCAUGACCGUGGGCACAAGCACAGGCACGCUUCCGCGACAAGUGUAUGCAACAACGCCAAGCUAACCGAAUCUGGCACCAAUGUAGAUCCCAAGACCUGCUGA